AUGUCUCGAGCGUCGUUCGGCGACAUGCGGUGUACAGGCGUUGGUCCCGCAGCAGGUCUGGCAGCGGGCGAGAUUGCCGAGACGAGUCUGGAAGCUCGCGUCAGGCCUAGGCAGGCGAGGAUUGCCGGCGUGCAAGUGACCGCAGGCCCCGACCUGCUCAGGACUUCUAACCCCGCGCUCAACGAUGGGGUUUUGUAUGGACCAACGGAACGAGAACGUGCGAAGCUUGCUGCACCUCUGCAUCGCGAAGCGGAUGAAGUGGACGGUGUCACGCCAGGCGCCUUGAUGGAGGGGACGAGCCAGAACCAACCGGCUACGCGGAGUGCUCCACGAACCGGAGAGCAGAUGCCUUGCGACGAGGUGCGGAUGCAACCCGACGUUGACCAUCCGCUCAACAAGCGCAUCGAGGAAGUGACGCUGAGACAGGCCGAGGUCGGCUGCUAUCGGUCCAGUCUGCUGCCAAUCACGAGCAGAGCUCCUGGCGCGCCGUCUGGAUGCUCGCUCCCGCUUCGCUGGUGA